UUGGCGGCAUCGUGUCAUGCCGCAAAGCACGCCGGGAAGUGUAGUCAUGCGUGCGUGCGCACAGUGAUGUCGGCCCAGGACUAACAAGACGGCGCAGCGAGGCUCGUUUCCAUGGACAACACGUCCAUCAUUACUCAGCUCGCCAGGCCCAAAGACGAGGACAACAUCUGUCCCAGUCCCGACAAAGUGUCCAACAGCAGCCUGAAGAAGCAUCGCAGUCGCAGCAUUUUCAGUCCGUUCUUCUGCUGCUUCCGCCACUACCAUGAUCACCACGUGGAGGCGCCGCCCGCCAACAACAAGACGCACGCUCUGCCGCCGCCCCCCGAGGAGAACGGCGGUCCUCCGAAGUGUGAGCAGGUGCAGCUUGCUCAGCCUCCAGCCGAGUUCCUCCUGCCCGAGGUCAGUAUCGAAGACUAUGGCAGAAGCUGUGUGGUGAUUGACCUGGACGAGACGCUCGUUCACAGCUCCUUUAAGCCGAUCAGCAACGCGGACUUUGUGGUUCCAGUGGAGAUCGAUGGAAACGUUCAUCAGGUGUACGUGCUGAAGAGGCCACACGUGGACCACUUCCUCCAGAAGAUGGGGGAGCUCUUUGAAUGUGUCCUCUUCACUGCCAGCCUCGCCAAGUACGCCGACCCCGUGGCGGACCUGCUGGACCAGUCGGGGGUGUUCCGCGCUCGUCUCUUCAGGGACUCGUGUGUGUUCCACAGAGGGAACUACGUCAAGGACCUGAGUCGCCUGGGCCGGCAGCUCAGCAAGGUCAUCAUCGUGGACAACUCGCCCGCCUCCUACAUCUUCCACCCGGAGAACGCCGUCCCGGUCCAGUCCUGGUUUGACGAAAUGGCCGACACGGAGCUGCUGGAGCUGCUCCCCAUCUUUGAGGACCUCAGCAAGGAGGAAGACGUUUACAGCUUCUUACAGAGCCUGAAGGAUAGGUAGCAGGCCACACCCACACACCCACACACACACACACACACACACCCACACACACACACUCACACACGCACACAUUCUUGUAUUUCUUAACCUUCUUGAGACCGCCGAAAAAGGCCUACCUCUUUAGGACCACCCUUUCUAGAUAUAUAAAGAAGUGUAUUUACAACAUUAAUAAUAUAUACAUACUAUGAAAAUAUAAAAAAGCUUGUUUUGAAAAAUGAGUUGGAAUUUCACAAGAAAAAGGUCACAAUUUCACAAGAAAAACUUAGAUUGUUGGCAGUGUUAUAAUAAAAGUCGUCAUUUUACUCAACGCAAGUCAACAUUUUACAAGAAAAACUGAACACGUGUGCAGUAUUGUGAUAAAAGUUGGAAUUUUACUCAAUAACAGUCGCAAUUUUACAAGAAAAGCUUCAAAUUUGGGCGAUUUUAUGAAAACGAGUCGCAAUUUUACUCGACAAAAGUCACAAUUUUAUAAGGAAACUUAAACAUUUGGGCAAUGUCAUAAUAAUAAUUGGAAUUUUGUUGGGCAAAGUUAUGACAAAAGUCAUAAUUUGACUCAAAAAAUGUCACCGUUUUAUAAGAACGACAAAAAAAUUGGCAAUAUUGUGGUAAAAGUCAGUAUUUUAUAUGUCAUGUGUCACCAUUUUAGAAUAUGAUAGAAUAUAAAGUACUUUAUUGAUCCCUGGGGUAAAUUCAGCAAUUUUGCAUUAAAAAGUAAUUAUGGUACAAUAAAAAGUGAUAAUUUUACGAGAAAAUAUUGCAGUAUUACAGAAGGAAUAUGAGAAAUUGUUCCCAAUUUUAUAAGAAAAAAGUCGACACAUUGUGAGAAAAAGACUUAUUUUAGGUAUUACAUUUUUUUUUUUUUUUUU